AUGACAAUUACGGAUACUUCAGCGUCUAUUGAUUUACAAGAACUUAUAGACCACAUAUCAAAGCGGCUGCUUCAUUCGAUGACUGAGGAUGAAAUCGCUGAAAUUGACGAUGAAUCAUUAAUAAUGUAUUCUAAAUGGGGUUGUGAUGGUGCGUCUGGACAAUGCGAAUACAGCCAAAAACUUGGUGAUAAAGAGUUAUGUGAUUCUAAUCUAUUUAUGACAUCAAUAGUGCCAUUAAAUUUGUCCUGUCGAAUAAACAACAACGUAGUAUGGAAAAACGAACGUCCUUCUUCUACGAGAUAUUGUCGAUGUAUCCAAUUUCAAUUCGCAAAGGAAACCCCUGAAAAGAUUCGAGCUGAAAAAAAUAGAGUAGACGCGGAAAUCGCACAAAUACAAGAUUCAGUUGUUGAUAUACGAAAUCGAGUUUUUAAAGUUCGGCAUGAGUUUUUCUUUACAAUGUUGGAUGGCAAAACGGCUCAAGCUGUAACCGAAACUCCUGCAUCUUCUUCUUGCUUCAUAUGUCUCGCAACCACAUCUCAAAUGAAUUGCUUAGAAAAAAUUAAAGCUCGGCCUAUAAAUCCUGAAGCUAUCAAAUUUGGUAUGUCUCCUUUACUCGCGCGUAUCAAAUUUAUGGAAUACAUUUUACAUAUAGCAUAUAACUUACCAAUAAUGUGCUGGAAAACGAAUGCCGAAACGCGUCCAAUAAAAGAAAAGCGAAAAGCACAAAUUCAGAAUGAAUUUGCGGAGAAAACUGGACUUAGAUUAGAUAUGGUAAAGCAAGGUAAGGGAACUACCAAUGAUGGCAACACAUCCAGGAGAUUUUUUGCCAAUCCUGCGUUAGCUUCUGAAAUAACAGGUGUUAAAGAAGAAAUAAUUAAUAGAUGUGCUGUGAUUUUAGAAGCAAUAACCUGCACAGAACCGGUGGAUAGUUGUAAAUUUGAUAAUUAUGCAUAUGAUACUGCAAAAAUGUUAGUCGCCAACUAUGGAUGGUAUAACAUGCCAUCAUCAGUACAUAAAGUAUUAUUGCAUGGUAUUGUCACUACAAAUCAGCAAAACAUUAUCAAACCACAGAGUUUCCACACCCAACAACAGUUACGCAACAGCGACGCGGACGCGGACGCAGCCAGAGACAGUCAAACUGUUGCUGCAUUAGCUUCGGCGACGUCCACAGGAUGGGGUAUAUUGCCAGAGCAACGCCUGACAAACAGCGAAGAUAUUACGCAAAAUCAAUUAGAUGACAAUAAACCGCAAGCGCUGCAGCAUAGCGUUGCAGAGCAGCAACAACAAAUACAACAAAAAUGUGCCAAAUUCAAUUGUGCAAACGCCGCCAAAACAAAUUCAGGCGCGGACACACUCUCAAAACACUUCUCCACUCUUUCCUCCUCGUAUGAUUCUUCAGCUUAUGCGGUCGCAACCAACAGCGCUCAAGCAUCUACAAAAUCAAACUACAACAAUUACAGUAACCAUAUACAGCAACAACAACAGCAGCCAUCCCAAUUGCCUUCGUCGCGCACGCGCUCAAUCGCAUCGGAAGCGCCGACGCCACGCCUAAGCGAAACGCAUUCAACGCAAGCGUACGCAAAGAGUCCGGCCAACUCGCAAGAGCGAAAAGUUAGUAAGACAAAGAAGAAAAAAUUAUCAACAGCGCCGACCACGACAACCACAGGGAAGGCAAAGUGGUCCAAGUUGUUAAAAUCUCCACUCAAACAACAUCAAAAGGUGCACACAGCGCAUAGAAAUCAACAUAAGGAGGUAAGGCGUCAUCGCACAGUAGUGGGCGAGGAGCUUUGGAAAGCCCAAGAAAGCGCCCAGAAUCUGCGCUGGGCACAGGAAACUAGCGCGGCCAUAAAGCGGCGUUUACGUCGCUCGACCGACGCCAUAAUAUUGCUGCCUGCGCUCAAUUUUAUUAAUGAUGUGUACGAGAAUAACUUGAGUGACGAAGACCUAGGUGGUGAGGGUGUACGUGUAGCGCGACGUGCAGUGAGCGAUAGCAGCAGCGAAAGUGGUGGUGUUACUGCCACAGGACCAACAACGCAAUCUGAAGCAGCAGCUCAUGCUUCCUCUACAUCCCAAUCAGCUUCUUCUUCAUCUUCCGCUUCCACCGCCGUCUCUGUCUCUACAUCAGCUGCAGUUGCUUCGUCCUCUUCUGCGCUAUCCGCAUCCUCACUGGAGGACUUUAGUUUUUCUUCGCCUGCUGCGCAAACGCCGCAUAGCGCCAUUUAUAGCAACUCUACUACAGCAAAUCAACAUGUCGAAGAGGUGCCUAAGCCAAUCGUAUAUGUGCCGCUCAAGUCUAAGCGUGCACGAUCAGCAGUCAGCAGUGUCAGUUUGCCCGCCGAGGUGCUUCGUAAACCGAAGGAACCAAUUAUAAUUAUCGAUGAUGUGGAGGAGUUUGACAGCGGCACCGAUCGUGAGCGCGAAUUAGCCGCCAUGGCGACAGUGGAUGACAAGAGCGAAGAUUACUCGCACGAUGAGCCAAUGGAGCCGCGCGUAUUGCCUCUUCGUCCAGUGUUACCCAAUCCGUAUGAGGAUGAGGAGAUGUCGGUGGUGUAUGCGGAGCAGCAUUCAGAGAUACGACUGAUGUGCGAGGUGGACUUGGAUAUAGCGUCGAGCACGUGGUACAAAAAUGGGCAGGUGGUGCACGCUAUGGAUCGCACCUCACGUGCCACCGAUUAUCGUUUCAUUAAAGAGCCAAAUGGCGCGCUCACCAUAACAAACGUAAUGCUCGAGGAUGAUGGCAAGUGGCGAUGUGAAGCCGAGAAUAUGCAGAGAUACACAGAGAACGCCAGACCCGUAAAAUUGGUGGUAUUAGAUCGCCCCAAGCCACCAUAUUUGUUGAUCGAUUCACGACGCCUCGAUGCCGGCAAUAUUUUUGUGCCAGUCAAAGAGAAUUCCGAGUUGAACUUGGCCUGCGUCAGCGAGGGUGGCAAUCCAAAACCGACGCUCACAUGGGAGGUGCUACUCAGUCCAGGUGUGGAUCGCCAUGCGCAGAAGGUGUCCGCUGAGGUGUUGGAACUCGAGGAGGUGAAGAAUGAUAAGGAUAAAAACUCAUACAAAAUCAAUAGCGGCGCGAAAAGUGAGGCCCGUUUGCCGGCCGUCUAUCGAGCCCAUCAUAAUGCCCGCAUUCUGUGCGUUAUGGAGCAUCCGACGUUGAAGAUACGCCAAAAUGCAUCGCUGCUGCUCGACGUGCAAUAUACACCUUCGUUCGCCAUCUCACGCACACCCGGCUUCGGUUAUCCGCUGCGUGAAGGCAUUGAAGUUUCGCUAAAAUGUGAUGUUGACUCGAAUCCGCCGAGUACGCCGCGCUGGCAGAAGGAUGAUGGCGAUACGCCGGUCCCCCAAACGGGCGAUGGUUUCCUAAACUUUACAUCGAUACUGCACGAGCAUUCUGGCUGGUAUAAAUGCACGUCACGACAUUUGAACUUUCAAUACUCAUCGAUUGGCUACUAUUUGAGUGUGAGAUAUGAUUCCGUUGAUGUCACCUCCGAGCCAGACGAUCAAGAUAUCUCCGUCGCUGCGGCAUCGCAUAACCCAAAUAAAGGUCAGCUGGAAGUACAAUUGGGUGGCGCAGUGACGUUGCAGUGUCCACAAGGUUCCUUAGGCUGCUGGUCGCAUUUAGAUCCGGUAACCGCUCGCUUGCGUGGUCUGGGACAUGGUCUCACCACACCCACCGGUCAAUUUUCACUUAAAGAUGUUGUCUAUCAUGAUGCGGGUACCUAUAAGUGUAUUGGUCAAUCGCCAACGAACAAAAAGAAACUGGAAGUGCUGCAGACGGUGGGCGUAACAGUGAAAGGCUCUCCCACCGUUGUGGCGCGCAAUGCCACACCCGUCGCUUAUCCCGGCUCACCGCUGCACCUGGCCGUCGAAUUUUGCGCCAAUCCACCCGCGCAUGCGGCCCGCUGGUUGCACGGCGAUCGCGUCUACACGCCCGGCAAUCAGUAUGGCAGCACUGUUUUGGCCUACGUUGUAAAGGACUUGCCCACACCCUACUGCAAGGAGGCGCGUCUCACCUAUGUCAGCAUGCACGAGCGGGUGCCGCGCACUUUCUACUUCAUUGUCUCUUCGCCGGGUGGCGUGGCCGAAGCGAUUUUCAAAGUGAACUUUACUAUGCGCUAUCGCACCGUCUCCAAUAUGGUGGACGAUGAAGAAGAAGAGUUGAGUGAGCCCGAAGAGAUACACUUUCCGGUAUUUGGCGCGGGAGCGGCGGCGCAAAGUGCGCGUCGAGAGCGCACAGCCGCCGCGGCAACAUGCGUACUCACAACGCUGGCGUUACUCUUGAGUCACGCGCGCAUGCCUAGCAGGCGUGGCUGGAGUUAGGUGGAUGUGUGCGCGCGUGUGAGCUUUUAGGUUGAUUAGAUGAAUCUUGGAUACUUGCUUUUUAUUAAUUUUUCAUAUAUAUAAAGUUUUUGGUUUUAACUAACGCAACUCCAAACUUAGCUUGUAAUUGUCAACUGAAUGUCAAAUGGAAAAGUAUUAGAAAAUACGAAAAAAAUACAUACUAUUAGCUACUAAACUAUGUGUAACUAUAUGCUAAAAUAUCCUAAACCUUACUAUCUAAGAGUAUAUUUGAAAGAAAACAUAUUUGAAAAAAAAAAAAAACACAAAACAAAAACAAAACAUUUAAAUUUUCAAAAAUGAAUAUGUGUGCUAUCCUAUCCUAAACUACAUUGUAUACAUACCCCAAUUACUACAUGCAUAUAAAUCUAAGUACACACUUACGAAUACUGUAGCAUUGAACUAUGUAGCUUAACACAACUUAACCCCCCGCUAGCCAAGUGUAACUACUUUAGUAACUAAAUCCUAAGCACUUGCUAACUAGUUAAGUAACUACUUCGGUAAUUAGUUUUCUAAGAUUGCCGCUAAUCAAGCGAAGUUUUGAGUUUACUAGCUAUACCAACAACUAUCAACCUACUACUAAAUACUACGAACUCUAACAUCUCAAUGUUAAGCCAAUGGUCUGGUGAGCGCUUUAGUGCCGCCACCAGCCCCUAGAAGUAUGUUAAGCUAUGCGUGCAAUAAGCACUGAAUUUGUUUGAGCAAGGAAAUAGAUAUCAUAAAAUUGCGCUUCGCUUUGUGUUGGCAGCAGGAGCAAGUAGAGAGAUUAAUAAACAGCUAGAAUUUAUUUAUAAUUUUCAAUGUCGUCCACAGCCAGCUUUUGCACUUUUCUGCUCUCGGUUUUAGGCUGAAAGUUUGUAUGUAUGUAUGAGUAGUUUACUAUUAGUAGGUGUAUGUGCCCUCAGAAGGAGGCCUUAGUAUCGCAAUUUAGCUGCCAAAGUAGAAUAAUAGCCGUUCAAAAAUAACUAAUAACUAAUUUCUUUAGUACUAUUUUGUAAUAAAACAUC